AUGGCUGUCAUGGACUCAGAAGACAGCUCUUCAGCUUUACCUGCCCGUAUGGUCUUUCUCAAAAACAAACGAAGCUCUCAAGCAGAACGACUUGGGAUGGCAAUGCCCACUUACACCAUCGCCGAGGACCCUCCAUGGGUGACGGACCGCGCAUCACAUGCUCCCACUGCCUCCUCAAUCUACAGUGACGAAUAUGAUGAACAUGCGCCACCAGUGCCAGCUCACGACAAGCUCUCCUACCAUCCAUCAUACCACGCACACCCACAGCAACAAAUCAUGGAUUCUGGACCACAGCUCCGCCCAUCGCGGCUGCCAAUUUUCAAGCAAGUCCGCUCAAUGCUUCACAAACCGCCACCACUAGUCACGCCCGACAAUGCACGCUGGGAUGACUUCUCGGGCGAACUAUCCGACAGUGGCAAGCCUGCGCAAGUGAAUCCCUCCACCUACGUUUCACCCUAUGAUAAAGUGUUUAGAUCGCGCAAGCGAUCACCCGAGCGUCGUGGCGCGCAACAGACACGUGAAGCCUCCCCGGCAUUCUCGGUUCUGCAAGACGACGAAGUCAAGCCGCCACCUCCAUUAAGACUUGGGCGAAAUACACGCAGCCUGUCACCUGUUUCACCUAUCUCGCCUGUAUCUGCAAGUGACUUCAGGGUACCUUCACCACAAUUCAAUCACGAUCGGCCUCAGCCUUCAUUGUCACUUGCGCCGCCGUCUGUGAAAUUGAUCAAGCGGAAGCCGACUCCUUCUUCAAUCGUUAUCACCAAGGAAAACGUUGAGCCACAGCGAAGUCCUUCGGUGAAUAGUGACUGGACCGAGCCACCAGACGACGACGAGCCGGAGAGAAAGCAGGCCGACGAAAGCCACUUCAGCUGGACCACAUAUGCGGCAUCAGAAGCACCUGGACGUCCUUCGACGGACUCGAGACAUACGAAGCAGUCUACCGCAGCAGAUCGCGAUCCAAGAUCUCACUUCAGUUGGAGCACAGUAAAUACAGUAGCCACUCAUCAACGACGAGUAGAACCUCGGCCGCCCAGCCCACCACCACCGAUACCGAACAAGUACUCUGCGCCCAACACUCCACAAACAUACAGUCCUCGCGGUAUGCCUGUACAAUCUAUACUCUCGCGACAGCGUCCAAUCCAGCGGAUCGAGAAGACGGGGUGGACACCUCCAGCCCGCAAGAGCUCAAACACACCUACACCACAUUCAGCGACCACACCAGCAUCCUCAAACACACCACUCAGCGUAGUCCAUCCAGCUCUCCGUGGCACCUCGCCCUUCUCCGCUUCCACGACCACAAUCCACAAGGACGGCAGCAAGCGUCUCCCACCACCACCCACCCCCACCGAGCCAAUUUCCCACCUGGAAACCCUCCUAGCAACAGAAAAAGACCUCGUCCACCAACGCCGCAACAUCGAAAAGGGUAUCCUCGAGCUCGAGAAGAUUCAAAAGGCGAGCCCGAUGGAGGUUAGUUGGUCCACUGUGCAGGAGGCGAAGAAGAGGCUUGAGGAGCAGAGACACAGGUUGGCGGAGCUGAAUUGUGAGGAGAGGGAGGUUGGGGUCAGGAUUGCACGGGUGAGGAGGAAGGAGGGGGAGGGGUGUGAAGAGGGGUUGUGGGUGAGGAGGGUUACUGGGUAG